AUGAGUAACCAUCCAGACUUUCUUUCACACCAAAAUGUACAUUUAAAAUCUUUGCAACCUGGAGUGUAUGAAGGGUGGCUUAGAAAAAGAGGUGUUAAAAUUAGAACAUGGAAGCGGCGCUAUUUUGUGAUUAAGAACAACUUUAUCUUCUACUUUCCGUCAUCACAGCCGGACUCUACGCCGAAGGGGAUGAUUGAGCUCAACUCGAAGUCACAAGCAAAGCUGUUAGAUCAGACGUUUUUGAAUAUAGUAGUUACAAGUGUUCAUAGAGACCAGUACAUAAUAGCUGAGACUCCAGACAUUGGGGCGUCAUGGGUAGAUGCAAUCAACAACCAAAUACGAACACUUAAAAAGAUCGAAGAUCAAGGCAAAGAUGAUGAGAAACGAGUGGCGCCAACAAAAGGGAUACCAUCUGAUGUGAUGUCUGAAAUAGCACGAAUUCGAGAAGAAAAUGACGACAAAGUGCCGCCAUCGUCGCUCACAAAAUUGAUCAAGAAUGUAGGGGAUGAUACAAUGGAAAGAUAUUUGUAUUCGAUCUUGUCUGAAGUGCUGAGAGAUUGGGACAACAAGCAAAUUGGAAGAUAUUUCUAUUCCAAUUUCUGUCGCAAUUACGUCCGCGUUGAUCAUCGAGCAAAUAAGAGAAGAAUGUCUCUGAUGAAAACAGGGGAAGGGAAAGCAGACAAAGUGUUGAGUGAUUUGAAUUUAUGCUUUGGUGGUGUACAACGGGCAGUUCUUGGAGCUUAUGGUGCUGAGAGAGAAAAUGAUCAAGACGAAUUGAUGUUUGUGUUUGGAAAGACAAAAGCAGCAGGUGAGCGACUUGCUGACAUUUACAAGACAAUCAUUGCUGAAUACUCAAUCGGCCCUUCAGAAGUCAUUCGAACUAUAUUCGACGCAAUGGAGACGUGGAAGAUGAGAACAGACGAAGAGAUCUUUCUUGCGUUUGUUGGCGGGAUGAUGGAGGGCUGGGGACCAGAACUGGUCGCUUCAUUUGUUUCACUUCUUUUCGUCUACACAAAAGAACAAGACUCAUUCCCACUCUUCGAAACACCUUGGGUCGAAAUGCCAGAUUGUUGCAUUAAAUUUUUAAAAACAUUUACAGAUCAGUGGAGUACAAAAGACACUAAAUCGUUCUUUGUUAUUGGGAAAAUGUUGUGGAAUGUUAACGAAGAGUGUGAACAGAAGAUUAACAAGAUCUUUGGUGUUUGA